UCAGCCCCAGCUCUCUCUCUCUCCCUCUCCCAAAGCUACGAACCCCAGCGUCGGACCUUUGAUUUCAAGAUUUGCCAAAGUUCGAUCUAUCUCUCUCUCUCCAAGGUACGAAUACCGUCACAGACGCAUCUCUCUCUCUAUCUCGCGUCCGAGUUACGAAUCCCAUCGCGGAAAUCGGACCUCUGAUUUCAAGAAUUUCCAAAAUCCGAUUCUCCUUUCCCCCCCUCUCCUGGUCAAACGUACGAAUCCUAUCGCGGAAAUCGUACCUCUGAUUUCAAGUUUUCCAAAGUCCGAUCUCUCUCUCUCUCUCUCUCUAAGGUCUACUUCUCUUCCGGUCGCCGAAAAUAUCGCGUAGUGUCUCUUUGAGUCGAUUUUCUCGCAAGAUUUCGAACUCGAUGGUGUCUCCGAUCUCAAAUCUCGACCAGGAUUCCAGUAAAACCCGAAACUCGAACAAGAAGAGGAAGAAAACGCAAGAGCGAUGGAAAACGGAGGCUGAGCAUCUGAACUACUCAUCGAAGCUUCUAGAAGCUCUCCGGUUCGUCCGCCGGAGCCCCUCCGCGCCCGCUCCGUCGCCGAGCCGAGCCGUCAGAGAAACCGCCGACCGGGCCCUGGCCAUCGCGGCGCGUGGUCGGACGAGGUGGAGCCGCGCGAUUCUCUCGAGCCGGCUUAAGUUGAAGACCCGGAAGAAGGCGGUGACGGGAAAUAGCAAGUCGAAGAGAUCGAAAGUCGGAAUUUGCCGGUUGCCUGAGAAGAGAUUACCGGCUUUGCAGAAGCGAGUCCGGGUUCUCGGGCGGCUUGUUCCCGGUUGCCGGAAACUGUCAUUUCCGGUCCUUCUAGAAGAAGCGACUGAUUACAUCGCAGCUUUGGAGAUGCAAGUCCGAGCCAUGAGCGCCUUAACGGAGCUUCUCUCGACCGGCGCCGCGUCGGAAAGCCUGCUCGGAUCGGCUCGGAUCGCGCCGAGCUAACGGCCGGCUGCCAGGUGUCCUCUUGUUUCUUUUCUUAAAAAUUCAUGUAUUCUGUAUACAUACAUGACUUUUUCCCGGAACGCGCAAUGGAAGAUUUUUUUAUUUUGAAAUUACGAAAAAACCCGUUCUAAUCUUCAAA